AUGUUGUCCAGAUCACUCUUGCAAAGAAGCAGCAAAGCAACCAUGUCUCCAGCUAAGCAAUUAACUCAAUUGCUCAUGCCAAAGAGAUCUUUCCAACAAUCCUUAAGAACAUUGAACAAGGAAUUGCCAGCAAUGGAUCACAUUUACGGUACACCAAAGGAAGGUGUCUACUCCAACUUGCCAUUCCAAGUUAAGGACAGAAAAUUCAUUCCAUUUUCAGUGUGGUACUGGGGUGUCUUGGGAUUUUUCUUUUUCUUCCCAUUCAUGAGUUCAGGCUGGCAAAUGUACAAAGCUGGUGUCUGGAACCCAUUUGCCAAGUCUAGUUAA